AUGGGUAUAAAGAUUGCACCCUCUAUACUAUCAGCGAAUUUUGCAAAAUUGGGGAGAGAGGUAGAAGAAGUCAGCAAUGCGGGUGCAGAUUAUAUACAUAUAGAUGUGAUGGAUGGAAGUUUUGUUCCCAACAUUACGAUAGGUCCUUGUGUUGUCUCAGCAAUACGCAGAUAUAGUGCACUUCCUUUUGAUGUGCAUCUAAUGAUUAGCUCUCCAGGGGAUCACAUUGAAAAUUUUGUGAAUGCUGGUGCUGAUAUAAUCACUGUGCAUGCGGAAGCGGAAAUACAUCUUGAAAGGUUAAUAAGGAAGAUAAAAUCAUAUAAGAAUGUAAAUAAUGCAAAAGAAACUGUUAAAGCUGGGGUUUCAAUUGUACCUUCAACUCAUCCAAGUGUUUUGGAGUACAUACUACAUGAACUGGACAUUGUGCUGAUUAUGUCAGUCAAUCCUGGCUUUGGUGGACAGAACUUUAUUCGUUCACAGUUGGAUAAGAUAUCUAUUGUGAAAAAAAUGAUACAAGAACGUAAUCUUAAUACCCAAAUUUCAGUGGAUGGUGGAGUCAACCUUUCUAAUGCGGCUGAAAUUAUAAAAGCAGGUGCAGAUAUUUUAGUUGCGGGCUCUGCAAUAUUUGGUACUGGAGAUGUAAAAAAGGCCAUGGAUGAUUUUUUGUUGAUAAAGUAG